ACCCAACCCAACCCAACAUAUAUGUAUUUGUAUGUCUAAACUGUUUUCUUUUUUAACUGUUGCCCCCCAAAUAAACCAUAACCACCAAUCCAAAACAAACAACUGUCCUCCUCCUCCGAUUUCCAGCACGACACCAUCGUGAUUUGCUCUCCCCUUUCUCUCUCUACCCAUCUGUUUCCGUCCUCUUCCUCUUAAUCAUCCAUAUUUCGUUACUAAAUCCUUCCAUGGCUACCCUUUCAGCUAGCCCUAGCCCUAACCCUAACCCUAACUUCCGUUCCCCAACAGACCAAACCGACCACGACCCGGAAUCUCUACCUCACAUGGAGCUUCACCCUUCUUCUGACCAGGACCCCACCCCCAACUCUAACCCUAAUUUCCACGCCGUUCUUCCGACUCCACCCGAGGCGAUUGCUCCUGCAGCGGCGGCAGCGCCCUCUCUUCUCCACAUCUCCUUCAACCAGGACCACGGUUGCUUCGCCGCCGGGAUUGAUCAUGGCUUCCGGAUUUACAAUUGCGAUCCAUUCCGCGAGAUAUUUCGCCGGGAUUUCGAUCGCGGGGGCGGUAUUGGAGUCGUUGAGAUGCUUUUCCGGUGCAAUAUUUUGGCUCUUGUUGGCGGUGGACCUGACCCGCAAUACCCACCCAAUAAGGUUAUGAUAUGGGACGACCAUCAGAGCCGAUGCAUCGGCGAACUUUCGUUCCGUUCCGAAGUAAGAUCGGUUCGGCUUCGGAGGGAUCGAAUCGUAGUUGUUUUGGAACAAAAGAUUUUCGUCUACAAUUUCGCGGAUUUGAAGCUGUUGCACCAGAUUGAGACUAUCGUAAAUCCUAAGGGACUCUGCGCGGUUUCUCAGGGGGUUGGGUCCUUGGUUUUGGUUUGCCCUGGAUUGCAAAAGGGGCAAGUUAGGGUGGAGCAUUACGCCUCGAAGAGGACCAAGUUUAUCAUGGCUCAUGAUUCAAGAAUUGUGUGCUUCGCGCUUUCGCAGGACGGGCAGUUGCUUGCUACCGCUAGCUCGAAAGGGACGCUGGUUCGAAUUUUUAAUACUGUUGAUGGUAGCUUGCUGCAAGAGGUAAGAAGGGGGGCAGAUAGAGCUGAAAUUUAUAGUUUGGCGUUCUCUUCAAAUGCCCAGUGGUUAGCAGUUUCAAGUGACAAAGGCACAGUCCAUGUUUUCAGCCUUAAGAUUAAUGGUGGAUCUCCAGGUAUUGACAGGUCACAAAGUGCUUCCGACCCUGUUACAUCACCGCAUUCCUCUCUUUCUUUUAUCAAAGGUGUGUUACCCAAGUACUUCAGUUCAGAGUGGUCAGUGGCUCAAUUCCGCCUGGUUGAAGGUUCUCAGUACAUUGUUGCUUUUGGUCAUCAAAAGAAUACAGUGGUAAUUCUUGGCAUUGAUGGAAGCUUCUACCGAUGCCAAUUUGACCCGGUGAAUGGUGGGGAAAUGACCCAGCUGGAAUAUCACAACUUUCUGAAGCCUGAGGCAGCUUUCUAAUGUGCUGCAUUUAUUUAUAAUAUUUUUCUAUUUAUCGGGCAUAUAAAUAUAUUGUAUAUUUUAAGGUUCUACCACCUUUUCCCCUAAUUUGCCUGAUGUAUUCUUAAUUUGUAAAUAUACAAAGCUAUAUAGAUUUGUAUAGUUUGGAACGGCGUACCCAAAAGAUAUUAUAUAUAUAAAAACCUGUUCAUUUCAUUGUUUAA